AGUAAUGGUGACACAGAUCAGUGGUUUACAUGCGUGGUUAUGUUGAGCAAGUAUAUAGCAUUAACACAUGUACAGGUGGGGUGAUUUUUGCCGGCAAAAGAUCUUAAGCGUGUAUAUACUUAGUUUCGACAGCUAUAUGUAAUCUACACUCCAUAGAAAUGGUACAUAAAGUUGAUUACCGGCCAAUCCAUUGCUGGUAACCAACCGGCCAUAUGGUAUAUGCUAUACUCAUUUUACAAUAAUGGACGCCUAUAACAGCUUGAAUACUGUAAGAAUCUACAACCGCCAAAGAUCCUCCCUAACAAAGAAACCAUGGGCUACAAGAGUGGCGAAGACCACAACCUCUUGGAAAAACAACAUUAACUUCAACUGCCGACAAGACCAGGAAAGGUUUGGGACUCCAACAGGGAGCCAAGUCGUUAUUCCUGCAAACAGGAGACUCUUCGGCUGCAUACAGUGCGUACUGCUUCCGUGUCCAGCAAUCACCAAAGAACCGGAAGUGGAGAAGAAACGACUCGAGGCUAAAUAUACUGGAAGCCCUCUCCGAUACAUAGGACGCCUUGUGCCAAUUGAUUGCAACGUGUAUGAAUCAACAUCAAGUAAUGAGAUUUAUCUCUUGUAUGAAAGUAUUUUGUUCGUUGUAACGAAGUCGUAUAAAGAUUUAAGAACUCGUGGACUACAAACUCGCCUUGGAAAUCUGGAGUACUACGAUUACCUAGGGUUGAUGGACGGAAAGAAGGCUAGGCCGCUGCCUCAAGGACAAGCCAAGUUUCCAAAAUUGUCGGCUGCUGCAACUUUCUCCGAGGAUACUUUCCUGGACCUGUACCGUACCUUGGACAUCGCUGUUAACAUGUGAUGACAUCUCCGUGUGUUGGUGUUCCUCCAUUAAUUCAUCAGGAUAUGUUACCCGAAGCUUGCAUGCAUCGUUGUAUAUAUUUUAGUUUUCUCUACAUACAUCGAUCGGUAUAAACGUGUACAUUUUAUGAAUAAAUGACCUUCCAUGUACCUUUAAAAUAUGCUUUCAAAAUGUUUGUUUUUGUAGACUAGAGCCACAGAAAAUGCAAAUCUGUGCACUGUUGUUAAAUGAAAAGACAGCUAUGUAUAGAUAUACUUAUUUGUCUGUAUCGAAGCCACUUGUUCCAUAUAUAAAGACAACGUUCAGACAAA